AUGAAGGUUGCAUCUUUUGGUUUGUUGCUUAUCACCGUCGUAGCGGGAGCGCCCACGAUCAUCAACUCGAUCCCUAACUACAUCACCGAGAGGCAACUGUUAGACCAACUACGUUAUAAAAGAAAAAUUACGCCUGGAUAUGGCGUUGGAAUGCAGAUGGGCGUGGGUUCACCACUAGCUUUGUCAUCACACAUCUCCCCAUACCUUCCAUACCAAUUGAACAUGCGACCAUAUAUGAACCCGUAUGGCUACUCGAACUUCGGCUACCAAUCACUGUAUGGAUGUGGACGGGGUCUCUUAAGAUCUGAAGACCAGAAUGACCAAGAAGAGCAAGAGCAUUCACCGAACAGGCAUUCAGAAAUAUCACCGUCAAACUUGGCAAGUGUUGGGCAGCUUGUCACAACUCCAGGUGGACCAGCGUAUGGUGUAUUCCCUAAUGUUCCAAGCAACGACUGCAACGUUCCCCUGCUGUUCAGCUGUGCCCCGACCAUCGUUCCGGGGAAGAUAGCGCGAGGAUCUUCACCGAUAUUUGGUCUGCCAGGUUUCAACGCAUUCCGUGAUGUAGAUUAUGGUGUAGAUCCUCAUAUGCAAGAGACCACAGUCCAUGAAAAUACUGCUAUGGGUGACGCGAGUCACGUUGUGAAAGAUUAA